ACUUUGUGAUACGACGAAGUCUAUGGAGACUAUUGCUUCAUCAAGCCAGCGUUUCAGCGAACUUUAUUAGAUAAUUUAUUUUCGAAGAAUAAAGAUACGUAAAAUAUUCAACGAAGAUAUCGCUAAAAACGAACAAAGAAAGGGGAUUAUAAUUGUUGGUAACAGAUCGAGGACUGAGCUGGAUGGAAGUAUUUCGCUGAUGUGGUAAACGUUUCGAGUUCUGUGUGACGACACAACACGAGUAUGUGAGAAAUGUAACUGCUGUCUAUGUAUUAUAUAUCGUCUAUACGUAUGACGAUAUCUGGGCUGUCUCGUGUUGAGCUUUUUUUCGGACGUGUCUCGUUGACUCCGUUUCGCAUCUACGGUCGAUAAUCUCUCCACUUCUCUUUUGCUACUUUUACAACUUGUACAACUUUUUAACGAGCUCACAACAUUCGGGAAUUGCGUACAAAAUUGUGUUGUAUAGCGUUCGAGAGGAUAUUAUCACAGUAGAUUCUUUUAUAAUACGUACAAUUUUAUAGAGAAUUUUUUUCCGACAUUGUUAAAGUGCAGUUGAAGUUGGAGAAGCUGUUAUGAGAAAGGAAGUGUUGCCAUUCGAUAUCUAUAUAAUUAACGAACUAUACGAUUCUGUUGAAAGAUUGCGAAUCUGAAAGGAUCAUUCUCGAAAAUUUACAAUAUACAACUUUGAUAUUACAAUUGAAUAUGUGGUUGCCGGUAAUAUCUAUUCUAUGGACCAUUGUGAAUCUGGUGCAGCGCAAACUCGUAAUGAAAAGUGUGAUGUAUUCUACGUUAAAUGGGACAGCAGGUGAGUGUGACCAGUUUGUGGGAUGCAACAACGUCGAAAUCAUCACAAAUUUUGCACCACGUAUUGCACGAAAACAUACAGAAGCUCACAGAGCCCUAGAGCUCCUCGAAGAUUAUCACGCGAAGCUGACGAGGCCUCAGGACAAGCAGCUGCGAUUGGCCAUCGAGCGUGUCAUACGUAUCUUCAAAAGCAGACUCUUCCAGGCGUUAUUGGAUAUCCAGGAGUUUUACGAGCUGACGCUGCUCGACGAGUCAAAAUCGGUGCAGCAGAAAACGGCGGAGACGAUCCGCAUCGCCGACAAAUGGGAAGCCAGUGAUGGGCCAAUUACGCCGACCUUCGCUCAAAACGACGGUGGUCCAGACUUCCCGGUGAACCAGACUCUAUCGAACAUUUAUGGCCGUACGUCGGCCAGUCCAGAGGCUCCAGACUACGUAGACGAAACUCAGAAGACCCGUUACACUGGUGGAGGAGUGGACGAGCAGCUGCCACCACCGCCUUCGCCACCCCAGCUGAAAGAGGCAGGACAACUAGACGGAGUUCCUAGACCGAAUUCGGUCGAUCGUAUCCUACAUUCUGAUGGUAGCCAGCACAUCCUAACUAGCCACGAGGCCCUGAACAAGAGUCACGACAGCUGGCAAGGACACGACGGGGACCAGGCACACACGCCCCUUCUUGCGGCUGACACGAGACAUGUCAACGGAGACGAUGACUGGGAGUACGAGGAGAUUGUACUCGAAAGGGGUGGUGCUGGGCUUGGCUUCAGCAUAGCCGGGGGUACAGACAAUCCACACUUCGGCAACGACACUGCCAUUUACAUCACGAAACUUAUACCGGGCGGUGCCGCGUCCGGGGACGGUCGUCUACGCGUCAACGACACGAUACUCCAGGUGAAUGACGUUUCCGUUGUCGACGUACAACACGCGGCAGCCGUCGAUGCGCUCAAACGAGCAGGGAAUACCGUUAAACUAUAUGUACGUCGACGGAGGCACACGCAGCUGAUCGAAAUCGAGCUAAUUAAGGGUAGCAAGGGCCUCGGUUUCAGUAUCGCUGGAGGUAUUGGCAAUCAGCAUAUACCUGGUGACAAUGGAAUCUACGUAACGAAAAUUAUGGAAGGCGGCGCCGCGCAAGUAGAGGGCCGUCUUGUCGUUGGAGACAAAUUAGUGGCCGUCAGAAAUGCCCUGCAGGGCGACAAGAACCUCGAAAAUGUGACGCACGAGGAAGCGGUGGCGACACUGAAGGCAAUCCAGGAUCGCGUGGUUCUUCUGGUGGCGAAACCGGAAACCGGAAUCGUGCCCCCGCCACCACCCCCCAUGGCCUCGGACAAUUCGCUCUCACCGCAACCACGAAAACAAAAUGGUUCUGUGUCGGCGCUGGAGAACAACUCGACGCUGCCGUAUUCGCAAGAAUCACGUCACGCGUCUUCUCUCGCUCUUCACGGCGCGGCCACGCCACGAGCUGUUUCUCAGGAGGACGUAUCACGAGAGGUACGUACGGUCGUGCUCAACAAAGGUUCCUCCGGCCUGGGUUUCAAUAUUGUCGGUGGCGAAGAUGGCGAGGGAAUUUUUAUUUCCUUCAUCCUAGCCGGAGGUCCCGCCGACCUCAGCGGUGAACUACGUCGCGGCGAUCAGAUACUCAGUGUCAAUGGCAUUAAUCUUCGGACAGCCACCCAUGAAGAGGCCGCCGCGGCCCUUAAGGGUACCGGGCAGACAGUGACGAUCGUGGUGCAGUAUAAGCCUGAAGAUUACAACAGAUUCGAGGCUAAGAUCCAUGAUCUUAAACAACAGAUCUCUCAGCAGAAUUUGAUGACAGGCACCCUCAUGAGGACCUCGCAAAAGAAAUCGCUUUACGUUAGAGCGCUGUUCGACUACGAUCCUAACAAGGACGACGGCCUGCCGAGCCGCGGUUUGGCAUUCCGUUACGGUGAAAUCCUACACGUGACGAAUGCCAGCGACGAUGAAUGGUGGCAAGCCAGAAGAGUGACUCCUCAGGGCGAAGAGGAGGGUCUCGGCAUAAUACCGUCACGCAGACGAUGGGAACGGAAGCAACGCGCUAGGGAUCGUUCCGUCAAAUUCCAAGGCCACAUGCCAGUCAUCCUCGACAAGCAAUCAACACUGGAUAGAAAGAAGAAGAACUUCUCAUUCAGUAGGAAGUUCCCGUUCAUGAAGAGCAAGGACGACAAAUCUGAAGAUGGUUCAGAUCAGGAACGGUCGCCCACGACACCCGAGAACGAAAACGAUCCUACACCAUUCAUGCUGUGCUACACCCAGGACGACACUAACACCGAAGGGAGUAGAGAAAUUUUGUAUCGUGUCGAACUGCCUUAUAUGGAGGAACUGACGUUAGUUUAUCUGGAACAGGAGGACGAUAAGAAUAAUGACGAGUGUAGCAGCGAAGAAAACGUGCUGUCGUACGAGGCAGUCCAGCAGCUCACCAUACAGUAUACCCGACCUGUCAUUAUCCUCGGUCCUCUCAAGGACCGCAUCAACGACGACCUCAUCUCGGAAUUCCCGGACAAAUUCGGCAGCUGUGUGCCACAUACAACGAGGAGUAGAAGAGAGUACGAGGUGGACGGGCGUGAUUAUCAUUUCGUCGCAUCUAGGGAACAGAUGGAGAGGGAUAUUCAGAAUCACUUGUUCAUUGAGGCCGGACAGUACAAUGAUAAUCUAUACGGCACGUCCGUGGCGUCCGUGCGAGAAGUUGCUGAGAAGGGGAAACACUGUAUUCUUGACGUGAGCGGAAAUGCCAUCAAGAGGUUACAAGUGGCGCAGCUGUAUCCCAUCGCCAUUUUCAUUAAACCGAAGUCCGUGGAGUCAGUUAUGGAAAUGAACAAGAGGAUGACCGAGGAGCAAGCGAAAAAAACGUACGAACGAGCACUGAAGAUGGAGCAAGAGUUUGGAGAAUACUUUACUGCCGUGGUGCAAGGUGACACGCCCGAAGAAAUCUACGUGAAGGUAAAGGAGGUAAUCGCCGAGCAGUCAGGCCCGAACAUUUGGGUACCGUGCAGAGAUCAGCAACUGUGACGUCCUGCCCCCCACGCUCAGCCCGGUCCGAACGCUUGGACUUUACCUCCGAGGCGUCAAGCUUAAUUACUCUUAAUAAAAUAAUCGAGUAACUCUCUAAUGCCUUCCCCGUCCCUGUCCCAAAACCCGUUCCACCACACUUCAACCCACCUUCUACACACACACACAUACCCGCCCAAUCGAGUAGCACAAUGUUCCAGUUAAGGCGUUAGCCGCGCACCAAGCUCGUCGAAAAAAGAAGACUUCGCAUCAAAUAACGCUGACAGUAUGUGAAGGUAUAGAGGAGUAGAACGUUCAUGGAAGGAGAUUAGGUUAAGAGAAUAGGCAGAGGAUAAUAGUAAUCGAGCAUGUUUCGAAACGUGUUCGAAAUCUCCAUCGCGAGAACUUGGAACUCGCGAUCGUUCACGCCGCGAGAAAGGUUUCAUUGUUGAUUAUAUAAGGAUAAAACAGUCAAUGGCGUGUUCCAGCUGUAUUUGUUAUCCGUUUCGACGAGAGAUCUGAUCGCAGAAUAUUUAAGGCGUUUUAAGGAUCCUUCCACCGAGAGAUUGUUAGGAGGAAGGAUACAUGUUAUAAUGUUAAUACCAGAAGUGUUUCGUUGUAUUACGAUGUUUUCUCAUGAUUUCCACUUGACGAGUGGGUUUGUUGAGCAAGAUUACGAGCAUCGUCGCGUAUUUGUCAUCACGUUAAAUUUUUAUCACUGUAUUAAGAUGUCAAACACGAAUACACGACAGUUCGAUCGUUAACAGGAAUCAACCCCCUUGUCGCAACAAAGAAUGUAAAACUGCUUCGUAAUUUACAACGUAAGAGAAAAGCACAGAGGACUGCAUCGUGUAUUCGUCUCGGUAUCGAUUUUAACGUGUAUGCAUGACGACUCGACCGGCGCAACGGAGUCGAUUCGUCGAGAAGACGUGUGUUUUACCGAAAGACUAGCGUCGCGGUUCUUCGAUUGAUCGAAUCGCGACGUGUUCUGUGUGUGUUAUGUUGUAUGUAUACAGUUCACGCAAUUGCUUGAAAAUACGACGAGAAUAAUAGCGAGUAAUAAACGAAUGAUCGGCAUUUGGCCGAAGUCGAACGAGAAAAAGGUGAACCGAGAGGAUACGAGCGAGAAAACAAAAAAAUAAUAAAAGAUAAUAGAUGUUUAAGAUAGAUUUUCGUCGCGAUUAUUUGUAUGACGCGCACAGCACGUUAGACGCUUAGACAAAGAAUUUUUCACGCGCAAAUCGCGACGAUUACGGCGAUGAAAGCGUAACAAUGAAGAAAGAAAACGAGACAAGGUACGAUAAUAUACUGAAAAAAUAAAGUAAAUGAAAAAAAAUGAAAAAAAGAAUCAAUAAAACAUAAUACUUGGCUUCACCGAA